UCCACGACCUCCCCCCCGCGCGCCCGACCCAGUGGUUCUUCGCAGAAAAAAACAAACAAAUAAAGUGAUGUCAAACGACGCCGUAAUAAUGAUCCUGCGGUCAUUCACUCCCAAUUUUUUGCACAAAUAAUUGAGCCGAAGUGCUAAAAUGACGGAAGAUAAUGAGGAUACGGCACUGGCCGAAGAUGGGACAAUCAGCGAGGAAGAGUCUAUGCCGUCAUCCAUCAGUCGUAGUCUGGGCGAAUGCUCAGUUCGUCUGAAGGAAAUUCCAAAACCUCCUGAGGAUAUUAAUCCAGUAUCCGGUCGAUCAGAGGAUGGGGGAAAAAAAUGGUGGUUGAAACGUCCAGAAACUCGACUUGGGUCCUCGUCGUCCAGAAAAUCAGAGGCCAAGUCGAUUCACUCGCCAGAAGGCACUUCGUCCAUGCGAGAGUUCCUGGAGAAAGAAAAAUAUUGCAGGGUGAUGCAUAAGGAGGAGGCAGACGGGAGGGACAAAGAUGAUACUCUCUGUGAUAUUUUGGCGUCUACUGCAUUCGAUAAAUAUCCUGAAGAUUUCGAGAACGCAACUGACGAAGACAUCGGCAGUUUCCUCGAAGAGAUGAGUAAAAUAGCGGGUGCGUUGUCCCCAAAUUCUGCUCCGGAGCGCACGAAGUCCCUGACCUCUUCGAAAAACCACACCGAAGAGGAGAAGUCAGUGGAAGAGCUCCUGCAAGAAGCUGAAAAAUUAGUCCGUGAAAACGUAAGCCUAUCAAAAAGUUCCUCUCGCUCCGAAACCCUGAUGCCGUCUCCCGAAAAUUCAAAAGCCUCCAAAGCUCGUGCCAAAAGACUCGAAGACGAUAUUUUCAAUUUCAUUCAGCAACAAGUUCACAAAGAGAGUGAAAAGAUGCGAAAGAGUCCGCGGAGCGAGAGACAGCGGCCCUCGAGCCCGGAAAUUCGCGUAACCUACGAGGCCCCAAAUUCCCUGAAACCCCCAACACCCCUAGAACUCCAGAAGAAACACUUCGAAGAUCAAAAAGUCGAGGUGUCGAGUAGUUCCGAUCUCGACGAUCCCAUAGAGCGUCACUCCAAUUCCGAAGACCUCAAGUCCUUAAAAAAGUCCCAGGAAGACAAAGUCAAUCUCCAAAAAGAGAUAACCGACGUCGACAAAGACUUUUUCGAUGACUUGUUGAAAAAGUCAAAGGAGAAAAUGGAGGGAGGACUUUCCGGCAGCUCGAGCUUUGGUCAGGAGGACUUCUCCCAUUUCCUAAAAAUCCUCCAGGGAAAGUCUGACCUCGAGGGCUCGAAAAAUUUCUCCCACCAGAUUGACCCCAUCGCGAGCCCCCCAACCGAUCCAAAAAGCUCCAUCUUCCCUGAGAAAGAGAUCACAGAGAUCUUAAAAAAGGAGCUGACAAAAGUUCAGAGGCCAAAAAAUUCCCACGAAAUUGUUGAUUCCGACUCCAGCGCCAGCAACGAGCGCUCCGGCAAGUCCCGAGAGUCAGUAUCAACAAGAGGUAGUGCAUUGUCCAGAAACUCUAGUCGAGACAGAGCGACCAAAGCAGAAAUCCGAAAAGUCCCCAAUUCCGAGACUGAACUGUACACAGUUGGCCUCACCCCCAGACUCGAGCUGUUUGCCGACGCGAUUCCAAAAUUAAUGGCGGAAAAAUCGGUGGAGAUUGCCCAGAAGAAUUCACCGCAGAUCACCCCCCGAAAUUCCCGCGAAACUCCUGGCGAUGAGGAGAGAGAUCGCGAGAUUUUCGGGACGAUUUCCCUGAACUUGAGCUCGAAAGCCGAGGUCGGUAGCUCGUCGAGAGGGUCCAAACCUCCGAAGCCUCCAGACAGGAAGUUUCCAGGUCGUUGGGGGCCCCUGGGGCCCUCGCGAAGUUACGACCAACUCCCACACCCGAUGACGUCCUUCCGAUCCUCCCUGGACGACGUGAGGAACCCCAAACCCCCCGAGAACCUCAAAAAACCCCCCCUCGGCUCUAGAACUGUCACUAAAAAUCCGAAAAUCCCUUCGAGGCCCCUCCAGACGUCCUCCUCCAAGGUCAAACUAUCGUUGAAACCCACCGUUCAGAAGCAGCCCCUGACAACCCGCGGUAGAACCCCCGAGACGAUGAUAAAGCGCACGCUGGCUGGCGGUGACAAUCGUCGAAACUUCUCAAAGAGCGAUUACGAGGCGCUUUACCUCGAGGAGAAACACAAAACAGCUCUCAUGCGCGAUCAGAUCGAAGCCGAGGCGAAAUUGUACAAACAACAGAUUCACGGUAUGCGAGAGUCCUUCGAGGAAGAGCUUUUCAUCCUGAAAAAGCAGAACAUCAUUCUGACAGCUAAAGUUGAUGAGCUGACCUUGAAAGAAGCGACCGAGAGGCGAACGGAAAUUCCGGGCUCGAGAACGGAGACGAGGGUUAACUUGUUGGAGAAGGAACUGGAGCGACAGGAAAGCUUGAUAAGAACUUAUGAGACUGAGAACAAGAGGCUAAUGGUGGAGACGAAGCGUCAACAAGAGGAGAUCAAGAAUCUUGAGCAGAGGCAGAGGUUUAAGGACACUCCAGUGACUUCGGGUGAAGUUGAGAAGCUCAAUGACACCAUCAAGGACCUUCGGGAGGAGAUUCUAAAGCUCAAUUUGGAAGCUUCGGAUCUUCGUCAGAAGAACUCGGAUUUGGUUCUCAAGCAUGACGAUGUGGUACAGCAGAACAGUCUCCUUCAGGACGAGCUUACCCUGUUCAAGGAGCAAUUGAAGUCCAAGGAUAAGUUCAUAACUGAUAGACUUCAAUCAAUGAGAACCGAGGAGAUGGAGACUCGAAGGAAAAUGGAGGAGAUGAGGGUUGAGCUUUCAUCGAAGACUGAGAAGCUAAGACUAACGAAUGCUGAAUUUGAAGAGUUCCAGCGGGCGAUAACACCCCUAGAGAAGGAGCUUUUGGAGCUCCGAGUUAAAGAGCAAAGCUUGCAGGAGAAGCUCCAACUGUCGAGAAGUCACGUGGAACGUGAGAAAGUCCUGACUCAAAAGCUCAAGGACCAAGUGAUUCUAGACAACAAGAAGAUCCUCGAUUUGAAUCGCCAAGUUCGGGAGAUGGAGCGAAUUCUGAAGCGCAAGAAUCCGGAUUCUGUGUCUGCUUUGAUUCUCACUGCAAAGUCCGAUCACGAGCGCAUAAAUUUGGAAAAAAUUAAGCUCUUGGAGGACAGGAUUGCGUCGCUAGAGGGCGAACUGCGCGCCAAGGAAGAAAUUGGUCAAGAGAAGCUGUCAGAUUUACAGCAGAAGUUCGCGGAAAUGAAGGAUAAGUACUCGUCGCAAGUGUCUGAGUUGGAGGAGAAGCUCCGAGAGGCUGCAUCGAAGCCCCAGAAGAGUCACGUCAACACUUGCACGCAGACAAUGGCAAAAAUCACGGAGAACAAGAGUGUCGAAGCGAAACGAGAUGACGAGAGGCUUCAAAAAUUUUCGGACAAGGAGAUGAGGAACGGAAAGCCGAACUUGAAGUCUCAGAAUCCUAAAGAGGACGCACACUUGAUCGCCACAAUAAGAGGUCUGAAGCUCGAGCUUGCGAACAAAGACAAGAGUGUGCAAAAAUUCACGAAAGAUGUGCAAGAGCUUCAGAAGACCAAUCGCCGUCUGCAGAAGGAGCGAGAGAGACUGUUGAAUGAUCGUCGAAGCUUUCGCCCGGGGGACACGGAGAAGCUCAGGGGCACGAGGCCGGAGACAAGUGAUCAAAAUUCAAACGUCUGCCUAAACGGCCAUUUGUCGAAUGGACAGAAGUUCUCGGGAUCCUCUCAAAAGCUUUAUGAUCCACUUCAGUUUUCGGAGAAUGGCGAAAGCUCGGUUGUCAAACGAUUGACGGGUGAGAACGAAAUAUUGAAGGAGGAGUUGAGCAAAAUGAAUAAGGAUUAUAUGACGCUGAAGAACAAAAGACUGCACGAUUUGAAUUUACUCCAGGAGGAGCACGAGCGAGAGGUAGCAUCGCUUGUUAAGGAGUACAGCGUCAAAUUUGGCGAUUCAAAAGUCGUUAAACUUCAGGGUCAAAUCAACACUCAGAUCGCGAUAAUUUCGCACUUGAAGGAGCAGAUUGACAAACUCCAGGAUUACAAGGAGCAAGUGAUUGUUCUUAAGGUUGAGCGGGAGCAUCUCGAGAGUAAAGUGAAAAUUUUAAAUGAGAAGGUGAAGUACCUGUCGACACCGGGGACUGAGCAGUUGCAGUUACUGCAGGACAAAAUUACAAUUCUUCAGCAGAGGCAUGAGAGCCGGGAGAUGACUCUCCAGAAUUUGGUGAGAGAUUUGCUGAGGAAUAGGACGCUGUGUCGUGAUUGUAAAGGGGAGAAGGGAAAGAGUAAGCAGCUUUGUUAUUUUCGACAAGAGUUGGAUCAUAUUUUGGGAAUGCUGCAGGAAAUUGCCAAUGUUUAGAUGAGUACCUUUUUCAUUUUUGUGAUAUGGUGUUCUUGACGCGUUUGAAUAUCGGCUAUGUAUGUGCAGUCUUUUUUUAAACGAUAUUUUACAGUGGAUUUUUCAUUCCGAGGGUUUUUAAGCCUGCGAAAGAAUCUUUCUGCCUUUUGAUCUUGUCUGAAUGGCAGGGCUGGCGGAAUAUCAGUGGUGAUAUGGAAAUUGGGAGGAAAAUUCGAUGUUGAGAGUUUAAUUUCAUAAGUUAAAUGAGAAUAAUAAUAUUUCGAGAUUUCAUUGUCAAGAGUCAGGUGAGGUAAAUCUAAUUGUUGAAUUCCAUGAAGCGAUUGUGAAGUCGGUAAUCAGGAAACAUCAAUAGGAAUGGGUUAAAUGCAUCGUUGAUCUCAAAUUUUGACUUUAAACUUUUCGAUUUUGAUGUUUGACACUCGUGAUAUUGGACACUCUCAAAAAAUUCGAAUGUUACCCCAAAUACUCCUGCUCCGGUGGCCCUGCGAAAUAUUGAACAUUCCCAAUGAGAUUGAUUUUUACAAAUAGCCAAAAAAUAAUGCUACUGAUGUCCAAUCGAUACUCCUGAGUAGUUUUCCAAAAACAAAUUGCAAGUAAUUUUGAAUAAUGCAUAUUAGAUGAUCGAUUGGGGUCACUGCCAAAGAUAAUAUUAACCGCUGGAGUUUGACCAAAAACUUUGGCAUUUAUUUUAAUGAAUUUGUCUCUCUAAAUGUCGCUGAGAUCUUGCCAGAGGAAAAGUAAUGAACAAAUCUUCCAUGAAUUACAGAACAAAAUCUUAAGAAAUGUACUAGACAUAUUUUUUCGCUGAGAUGGUUCGCUGUAAAUAGAUUAAACUGAACUCAUUUCGAUUAUUGGAACUUGUAUUCGUGUAGUUAGGUAACAUCAACAGAUUUUUGUCGUAGGAGACAUCACAAUCAACGAAUUUUUUUUUGUAUAGAGUAUAAUAUAAUGAUUAAAACAUGAAUACGUAAAUCGUAUAUAUCACUCAUCACUAAUUUAUUGACAUAAAAGGAAAGAAGAAAAGAUCAUCUUGAAAUAAUUCCAUUGAGAUAUUCAGUAUUGCACGAGAAAUAUACUCAUUUUUUACAUGACACUUUUUAGCUUUAAACUACAAGAUAAUGUACAAACUCAUCUUGAAUAAAUCAAUCUUUUUCGUCCAGA